GUGUAGACAGGUGCAUGCAAUACAAGCGUAGUUCAUCUUCGAUAUAUAUAUAUAUAUAUAUAUAUAUAUUUAUUUGCAGUUUCUUGUAUUUGUUUUCCUUAAGUGCAUGUAUGUCAAUCACAGGCAGUGGAGUAUUGCCGCGUUUGGAUGUCGCGGCGUCUGCCUAGUCUGUUAUUGUCAGAAAUUGCGUCGAUUAGUGUUUUCUCUUAGAACUUUGGUUGUCGCCGGUGUUUGCGCACGGCGUCUCCGCGGGAACUUUGACUUUCUGUCUCCUCGCCAUGCUCUGCCUUCUGUCUGCAUGAGAAGGUGGAACUCUUGAAGACUUUUUGCCUGUUGCAUCGCAGAUUUUUCCACGAAAAAACUGUUUUCUGACGCGUCCCAGUUCUUUCUCUCCGCGGACGCCUGGUGCGUCGAACUUGUUUGAUUUGUCCUUGUUCCGCGCUUCCUUGAUUGGCGCAUUCGUGUCUUUUUCGAAGCCUCACUUCAACGCCCCUUUGCCCGAUCUGCAUUCUCUUGUCUCUCCGGUGCGUCUGUCGCUGCUCGCGAGCGUCUUUUUCGCCUCCCUUCUGGAUUCCGGCUUUCGUCUCUGUCCGCCGCUCUCGCGUUUGGCCGAGCUUCUGGAGAGUCGCUUCUCGGAGUCACGCGCUCGCCCGCAGUGCGCGUCGUCCCUGUUCUCUGCGUUCUUCUCUCUGUGUGCUCCACAGUGUCGACGUCGUGUCUCCGUCUCCGGAGUUUCGUCGUCUUCUGCCCUCUCUUCGACUCUUGAAACGCCCAGAAGAAAAUAUGCGACCCUGCGCACCGAGCCUCAGGUUUUCGCUGGCGAGCACGAUGCCUCUCCUUCGCCGUCUGCCCCUUCUUCUCGCGCAUGCAGCCGCGUCCCCGGCGUCUCCCCAAGCCCCCGGCUCGACGACUGAGCCGAAGUUUGUGCCGACUCCCAUUUUCAUCGCGCCACGGUUGUUCGACGUCAUUUCUCUCGUCCUCCUUUUCCUCGGCCUAGUCGCCAGCGCAAGUUUCUUCAUCUACCAUAUUCGAUUCUCUCCCAGGGAAAGAAGUCUCGCAAAGGAAAUUGUAUGGUCAGCCGUCGCCUCCGUUCUUCUGGGAUUCGCUCUCUCCUUCCUUCUCCUCUCGUCCGGAGUCUACUACUAAAACGCAUUCACUUCGAAUCGACACGCAUGUUUCUAUCUAUAUCGAUAGACAGGAGAGAGAGAAACGAGAAGCAUGCAGAUAUAUAUAUAUAUAUAUAUAUUGCAUAUAUGUAUGUAUGCAUAUCUCUGCGUAUAUAUAUAUAUAUAUAUGUUUGUGUGCAUGUGUGUAUUUACAAGGGAAGGCUGUGGAGGCGACUUUAGUGGUUUUGUGUUGAGCCUGACGGUGUUGUUGGUUUGGAAGGCGCGUUCGCUACAGCUGAGGAAGCAGUGGAAACAGCGAGAACUUCAUUCUGUAGCAAGCGGGAUCUCGUCAUGUUGGUCUCUUCAGUGGCAGUAAAUGUGAGUAAAUGUGUGUCUUGCAUCUUCGUCUUGGAUUAAAUUUGCAGUCGGAGGUUCUUCUGUUCGCGCUCCAAAUUCGCAGAUGCGCAGUCUCUCGGUCGACUCCCGUGGUGGCAUGUUGUGUCUUUUCCACUGCUUCGUUUCCAAUUCGAAAUGCGUGAGAGGCAGCGCCUAGCGUACAAGCGUCUACCUCGUCCGAUUGCAUGUUUCUCCGUCGUUAAAGUACACAUGAAACGUUGUCCUCCUCGCGACGAAGAGAGAGAAACCUCCGACCUGGAGGGUUGCCGCCGGCUUUCCUUUAAGAGCUGUCCGGCGGCAGGACGCAGCCCAAGAACCUAGACGACGGAACACUUGGCAUUCCUUUACAGAUCGGAAGUGGAGUUCUCCGUGAAGAUGCGCAGGAGGAAGAGAUGCGAGGGGAAGCGCCAUUAGCGAAGGGUGACAAAGACACGCUUGUGAGGAGAAGAAUGCUCAAGGUCGCUCCAGUGUGUGGCGCUUGGCGAUUGGAUUGGAAAAACCAGCACGACGAGAGAAGCCUAGAAAAAGGCAAAAACUCUACGGGCAGAGACGCUCUUGCAGAGGCAGCCCGCACCGCCGUCGCCUCUUGGGAUUCAUGCAGUCAAACACCUCUGUCUGUGCAGAGAUGCGAACUCUAGUUGUUGUGUGUGAAGACUCCUCACAAGUUUUCACCAUCGUGGCAGUGUUGACAGAAUGUUGACAGAAUACGGAGUUUCUCUUUGAACGGAAGCGCUGGUCCCUGUGUGUGAAAAACACUCGGUCGCUCCAGUCACGCGUAUCUACCGUCUCUCCGCAGCAAUGUGCGACUGCGGUGUAGACGAAGGAGACAGACACGUUAACAGUUUCUGACAGUGUCA